CGAAAUGAUAUGCCUGAGUCACUUGUUGGAGUAUAUAAAAAUAGGUGAGGAUGCGCCACUUGGAAUAUCAUUAUACCGACAGUCGCAACGAUGGGUUCAAUUGAAGGCACCACGUCAUUGGCUGUGAGGACAACAGAUGGUGUCAAGUUCGGGAAAGAAUUGAGGGAAAAAGAUUUCAUGUUUGACAAAGACUACCUCAAUCUUAACCAUGGUUCCUUCGGCACCUACCCACGACCUGUCCGCGACGUCCUGCGCUCCUUCCAAGACCUUGCAGAAGCCCGCCCGGAUGACUUCAUUCGCAUGAAGUACCCAGCGUAUCUGAACGUUUCCCGUGCCGCCGUUUCGGAGAUCAUUAACGCUCCACCAAAGACCGUUGUCUUCGUUCCUAACGCCACAACAGGAGUCAACAUAGUCCUGCGCAGCUUGCAAUUCGAAGAAGGCGACCACAUUGUAUACUUCGCAACCAUUUACAAGGGGUGCAAUCUAACCGUUGAGUACAUCACGGAGUCUACGCCAGCGAAAGCGGUAAAAGUCGAGUAUACUUACCCUGUUGAGGAUGACUGGCUUGUAAAGGCCUUCAAGGCGAAAGUACAAGCAGUGCAAAAGUCUGGCGGAAAGGUCAAAAUCGCCAUCUUCGACACCGUAGUGAGCAUGCCUGGUGUACGUGUUCCGGUUGAACGCCUCACUCAGGCGUGCAAAGAGCUGGGCGUGCUGAGCUUGGUCGACGCAGCGCAUGGAAUUGGGCACAUCGAGCUUGACAUGAAGGCACUGGACCCUGAUUUUCUGACAAGCAAUUGCCACAAGUGGCUACACGUCCCCCGUGGUUGCGCAAUCUUCUACGUUCCCAUCCGCAACCAGCACCUCGUCCGCUCCACGCUCCCCACAUCCUGGGGCUUCAAGAACCUCGACACAGUGCUCAACACGGUCAAUCCAAAGGGCACGUUCGGCGGCGACAUCGAGUCCGAGUACAUCGGAAAAUUCGAGUUUGUCGGCACCAUCGAUAGUUCGCCGUACCUGUGUGUUCCUGCAGCAGUCGAGUGGCGCAAAACCCUAGGCGGCGAGAAAGUCAUUAUGGAGUACUGCACAAAACUUGUCCAGGAUGCUGGGAAGCUGUGGGCCAAGGAGCUGGGUACGGAGAUGAUGAAUAACGAGACGAAGACGCUGAGCCAGUGCUGUAUGGCGAUGGUGCGGUUGCCGAUCGAAGUUGAGAAGGUGCUGCAGGAGGGCGUGAAGGUUGGAAUCGGCAAAGACCAGGUGGGAGGUGUCGUGACGGACUGGCUGCAAAGGAUGUUGGUAGACCGCUACGGCACGUUUUUGCAGUGCCCUUUCUAUGGUGGUGCAUGGUGGGCUAGAUUGAGUGGGCAGGUGUACCUGGAGCUAAGUGACUUUAAGGGUGUGGUACCUUCGUUGAAAGAGCUAUGUAAGAGGGCGAACAAAGGCGAGUGGGCGGAGACUGUCGAGAAAUGGUAAGAGAC